AUGGGAAUCGCUUAUCCUGAGGAAGUGUCCAGGAAGAAAUUCAGGAUUUUUGUGCUGGGAUCAUUCCAAGUGGCUUGUCUUCGGCCUGUCAUUUAUUUCCUGGGAAUUGUUUUAUGGACGAAUGGCCUGUAUGAUCCGGAUAAUUUAUCUUCAACCAGCAUCUAUCUCUGGCUCGACCUGUUCCUGGGAGUGUCCACAAUCCUUGGACUUUGGCCGACAAAUAUCCUCUUCCGAGAGGCUAAACAGCACAUGACAGAUCAGAACCUAAAGGCCAAGUUUGCACUUUUUCAGGCAAUAUUGAUCCUGUCCUCGCUACAGAAUUCUAUCAUUGGAACACUGGCGAGAGCUGGACACAUCAGCUGUUCACCCCCCUACUCUGCAAAGACCAGAGGGCAACUCAUGAACAACCAGCUCCUAAUCAUAGAGAUGUUCUUUGUCGGAAUGCUUACACGAACAUCGUACAGGAAGCAGGAUGAUCAGCCGGGAUACAGAGCAUGCGACACGGUUGAAUCCCAAGGCAAAGAGAAGAGAGAAUGCCAACAGAGUGUUCUAACAAACUAGAGUGUCAAGGUGCUUUGGAAGCCUCCUGCUGAAAAG